UAAUUUUUUAUUUUUUUUUUGUUCUCAGUCAUCCCAAGGUGGUCUCACUCACAAUGGAUCUCAGUCUGAAGAUGUUCUUCGUACUUCAGAAAAUGAGGAUGAUGAAGAUUCCACUUCGGAGGAAGACGAGGAUGAUAAAUUCGACGAUGACAAAGGAGAUGAUCAUCAUGACGAUGAAACUGAUGAUGAUGAUGAUGAUCUGGGUGGAGAUGGUGUUGGUGCUGGUCAGGAUGAGGCUCACACGGGCGAUGUUCGUAACGAUGAGGGUGUUGUUGUCCCCGAGGUUGUUUCGAGGGAUGAUGAUACCGGCAAGGUGGAUGAUGCCAAGAAUUCUGACCCUGUGGAACCUAUUGCAGAGAUCAAACAGGUGUAUUUCUUGUUUGGACAUCAUUUUUGUUUGUGCUUUUUUGUGUGUAUUUCUGUGUUUUGUGUUUGUUGUAAUAGUUUUUUACUGUUUUUUUUGUUAUCAGCCUGAACAGUCUCAAGGUGGGGAGGAGAACAUUGAUGUUGAUGCAACAAUUGCAUCUGCUGUUAAAGCUGUGGAGAAUUUGGUUUGUGUUUCUGUUUUUGUUCCUUUGUAAUUUGUAUUUAUUUGGUAUUCUAUUGUUGUUUUUAUGGUGUUUUUAUUGUACUGUUUGAAAUUUAAAAAUAAGUCUUUUUAUUUAUCCUUUCUCUUUUUUAGAUUGGUUCCUCAACUCAUGCCCCUGCUCCUGUUGAGACUUCUGAGAAGACUGAUCUUGAAAUGGUUAUUUUUCAAGAGACUCCUAUUUUACGUCCUCAAAAGAGGGAUCGGAAGAAAGGAGCUGUUUUGAAAUCCCCAUUCAUUGAGCUUGCUUCUGGUGCAUCUAAAUCAGGUUCAUCCUCGGUUUCUCCUGAUGAUUCUGUGUAUAAGGUCGUUAAAUAUGUGCGUGGUUUGUGCCCGUUGGACAACAAGAUUGGUGAACCUGUCGAUCCGCAAUUGGAAGCUGAGUUUGUCAAGUGGGUUGAUACAAGUCUUAGAAAGCAUAAAUCUAAGUAAGUAUUUUUGUAGGUGUUUUCAGUUGUAUAUCUGUUAUCGUUUUCUAUUUAUUUUUUAUUUUUUCAUUCGUGUUUUGAUAUUUUUUUAUUUGUUUUUUUUAGCACAACAACUAAUGUGUAUUGUAAGGGUAAGGACACUAUAUUUCCGCCAUUUCGUUUUGGUGUUGAGGACAUCAGCAACAAGAUGUGGUUUCACAACCUUGCCUACCCUAAUUGUUUCCUUACCAAUUCUCACAUUGACAUCAUUUUCUAUUAUCUUCGUAAGAAAAUAAUGUACUCAGCCGAGCCGAAAAUCAAAGUCACCACAACUGAUUGCCUCUUUUGUUCUAGCAUAACAACUUUGUAUGAGAGGUUUGUUGAGAAAAACAACGAUAUAUCAGUGUUGUCUCUUUCUCACAAUGUGGCCCAGUACAUUCAAGGUGGUAAGAUAUUAUGUGCCACUCCUUGGCAUUUGGUUGAUCAUGUUGUUAUGCCUAUCAAUGUAAAAUUACAGGAUCAUUGGAUUUGUGGUCGUCUUAACAUAGUUGACAGGCGCAUAUAUCUGUACAAUUCAUGGCGUUCUGGGAGGUAUAUGACUGCUGCCAAAGAGGCUUGCAAGCCUUUCUCUGUUAUUUUACCAUAUUACUUCUCUAUGUUAGACUUCAAAGGCCUUCGCAACGAAACUAAGUUUAGCACUAUGGAACCGUUCCCUAUUGUUGCUGUUGAUGGUUUACCCGAGCAGGUCACAGCUGAUUGUGGUGUUUUUGUUGCAUCAUUUGCUGAGUAUUUCAUUGAUGGCAAACCCAUCCCAUCCUCUGAUUUUGAUGUGGAAAUUCACCGCGAUCGUUUGGCUGCGUUAUUUUAUCAAUAUGGGAUGAAGAAGCAAACUGAGAACAUUGAAAGUGAAUCCGAGGCCCCUCCCAGCCUUCCCAAGAAGUGAUUUGUUUUUUCAAUCAGACUGUCAUUGUUCUUAUAGUUUUUUAAUGUUGUUUUAAUGUUUUUCAUGUUGUUUUUCGUAAACAAACAUUGGUGUUCUGUUGUUUUUCCUUACGUUUUGUGUGGACAAUAUGUAAUCUUUUAUUUUUGUAUGUUUUUUCUUAUUAUUUUUAUGUACAAACAAGUUGGUAUGUUAAAGUUGUUUGUUUUUUCA